AUGCCUCACUCAGUCACCCCAUCCAUUGAACAAGAUUCUUUAAAAAUUGCCAUUUUAGGUGCCGCUGGAGGUAUCGGGCAAUCGUUGUCACUGCUUUUGAAGGCUCAGUUGCAAUAUCGGUUGAAGGAGAGUAACCGCACCGUUACCCACAUCCAUCUCGCUCUCUACGAUGUUAACCAAGAGGCCGUCAAUGGUGUCACUGCUGACUUGUCUCACAUAGACACUCCUAUUUCUGUGUCCAGCCACUCCCCCGCAGGCGGCAUUGAGAACUGUUUGAAUAACGCUUCCAUUGUUGUUAUCCCUGCAGGUGUUCCUAGAAAGCCAGGUAUGACUCGCGAUGACUUGUUCAACGUGAACGCCGGUAUUAUAAGCCAAUUAGGCGAUUCUAUUGCCGAAUGCUGCGACCUUUCCAAGGUCUUUGUCCUUGUGAUUUCCAACCCUGUCAAUUCUCUGGUCCCCGUGAUGGUUUCUAACAUUCUCAAGAAUCAUCCUCAAUCCAGAAAUUCUGGUAUCGAAAGAAGAAUCAUGGGUGUUACUAAGCUCGACAUUGUAAGAGCUUCCACUUUCCUACGCGAGAUAAACAUCGAAUCCGGGCUCACUCCCCGUGUCAAUUCCAUGCCUGACGUGCCCGUAAUCGGCGGACAUUCCGGCGAGACUAUCAUUCCAUUGUUUUCUCAAUCAAACUUUUUAUCCAGAUUGAAUACGGACCAAUUGAAGUAUCUAAUACAUAGAGUUCAGUACGGUGGCGAUGAAGUGGUCAAGGCCAAGAACGGUAAAGGCAGUGCCACGUUAUCCAUGGCCCACGCGGGUUACAAGUGUGUCGCCCAAUUUGUUUCUCUACUAUUGGGUAACAUUGACCAAAUUCACGGAACCUACUACGUGCCAUUGAAAGAUGCGAAUAACUUCCCCGUAGCACCUGGCGCAGACCAAUUACUACCACUAGUGGACGAUGCAGCCUACUUUGCCGUGCCCUUAACCAUCACUACGAAAGGUGUCUCCUACGUGGAUUACGACAUCGUUAAUAGAAUGAACGAAAUGGAGCGCAACGAAAUGUUGCCAAUCUGUGUUUCCCAAUUAAAGAAGAACAUUGAAAAGGGCUUGGAAUUCAUCGCAUCGAGAUCUGCUUCGACUUAA